AUGUCUUCAAAAUCCUUCGUCAUUCGGACUCCCUGCUCAUCCGCAAAUAUCGGCCCUGGAUUUGAUGUAAUCGGUCUAGCCCUGUCCCUCUACCUCGAGCUACAAGUGACUGUCGACACUGCUAAAACGUCCUCGCAAAAACCUCUCAACUGUCUCAUCACAUAUGACGACCAGAGCAACAGUACCGAAAAGAUCAGUCUGGACCCGGAGGUCAACUUGAUCACACGUGUAGCUUUGUACGUACUCAGAUGCCAUGAUCAGAGAGCAUUCCCCGUUGAGACCUGUGUUCACAUCGUAAAUCCCAUCCCGCUGGGUCGGGGUCUUGGGUCGUCGGGAACCGCGGUGGUUGCGGGUGUCAUGCUGGGGAAUGAAGUUGGUCAACUUGGUUUGAGCAAGGAUCGGUUGCUUGAUUAUUGCUUAAUGAUUGAACGACAUCCAGAUAAUGUUGCUGCUUCUUUGUUUGGAGGCUUUGUUGGAACUUACCUCAAUGAUCUGAAGCCGGAAGAUGUAGCACGCAAGGAGAUCCCUCUCAGUGAGGUUCUGCCUGCCCCAGCUGGGGGAAUUGACACUGGUCGACAACCACCAGAGCCGCCUCUCGGAAUCGGCCAUUACAGAAAGUUUCAAUGGGCCAAACAAAUCAAAGCAAUUGCUAUUAUUCCCGACUUUGUGGUGCCCACUGCUAAUGCCCGAAAUGUUUUACCCACUACUUAUUCACGCGCUGAUGUGGUCUUCAACUUGCAACGUGCUGCUUUACUUCCAGCAGCCUUAGGGUCGUCCCCACCUGAUCCAAACAUGAUCUAUCUAGCUAUGCAGGACAGGGUUCACCAACCCUACCGCCAGACACUUAUCCCUGGCCUCACAGAGAUCCUCCAAUCAAUGACCCCGGCCACACAGCCUGGCCUUCUUGGAAUUUGCCUAUCUGGAGCCGGCCCAACCAUUCUUGCCUUGGCCACCGACAGAUUCGCUGAGAUCGCGGAACUCAUCAUCUCUCGUUUCAGCUCUCAAAACAUCUCUUGCCAGUGGAAACUCCUCGAACCGGCCCAGGAUGGCGCAAUAGUGAAUCACUGA